AUCGGCCAAAAUGACCGUGAAAAUAGGCCGGGAGGUAGGAAGGGUACGGUUAUUAUUUUCUCCACGUAUAAACUGAAGCGCAGGGAGGACGAAGGAAAAAAGUUACCAGUUCGGAGUGGGAAUUGGGAAUAUUGGAGAAAAGAUCUAGAAAGCUUACGGUUAAGGCCCCCGGUUCAUCAACAAGCACAGGCUUCAGCCGUUUGGCCGCGUGAUUUCCUAUAGACUGGGCCCGAAAAGCUGCGCAUGCUCCCUGCAACAUAAACAAAGGCUGUAAAAUUUCGACUAAAAAAGGGGUGACGAAAGACGAGAAGGUUUUGUUAAAAUUCAGGUCCAUUUGUGAAAAGAUAGCAAGGAGGAACCGCUACUUCCCUCCUUAAAACCAAGCUUGCAGCCACUGAGAGGUUUAAACAAAGAUACAUUGGGUCUGACGUUAGGAAGGAGAGUUUGUUCGCGAUGACGCAUAAGAUGGCGUAGUUGAUACAGAAACUUGCAUUCUCGAUGUAGCAAGAAUAUUACUUUUAAAAUGGUUUUCCAGAUAUGAAUUUUAAGAGGAGACACUUAUCUGUUGUGAAUUGUAUGUCGACGUACAGCCGGGUGAAGGCAGAGAUGUCGCUAUAACGUUUUAUGAAUGAGAAGUCGGAGAAGAUACACGCCAAAAUAACGUGACUUUCACACCAGCAGACCAGCAAGCAGUGAGAGAUAUGUCAGGAUUUCGCACGCAGUACACCAGAUUGAACUCAAAUUCAGAUGAUCCUGAAGAGGACUUACCUCCGCAAGGUUUUGAUAUUGCUGCCCGCGGAUUUGAGGAGGUCGAGAAAGGACGAUGGAAUCACAUAGAGAAUCUUGAUGAAUUCUUCAUACGGAUAUAUGAAUAUCACAGGAACAAUGGAUUUGUGUGUAUUCUUCUGAAUGAGAUUUGUGAACUAGUUCAAUUUGUGUUUGUAGUAUUGUUUACAUCAUUCCUGGUUCUCUGUGUGGAUUAUGACAACUUGUUCAACCACAAGAAACCUUCAUUCUCCAAUGUAGUGUAUUUCCACAAAAUACAGCAUAUGGAGCCAGCCAUAGUUGUUUGCCUUGUCAUAGCAUUUAUUUUCUGGUUGAUUCGUGUGGCAAGAAUUGUGAUCCAUUUCUUUAAGCUUCUGGAAAUACGAGCAUUUUAUAAAAAUGCACUGAGGAUAUCAGAGAGUGAACUAACAAACCUUCAGUGGCAGGAUGUUCAGAAACGAUUAAUAGAAGUUCAGAAGGUUCAUCAGAUGUGUGUGCACAAGGAGGAACUGUCAGAACUUGAUAUCCAUCAUCGCAUUCUAAGAUGGAAAAACUACAUGUUGGCAAUGCAGAACAAGUCAGUUAUUUCCUGCACGUAUACCUUUCCAUUUGUUGGUGAGAGGGCAUUUUUGACAGAGGGAAUGAAGUACAACCUAAAACUGAUUUUAUUUUGGGGCCCAGGAAGUCCUUUCCAGAACAACUGGAAACUAAGAGAAGAAUUCAGAAAUCCAGCAAACAGAUUUGUGUUGGCUAGUCGGUUGGCUAGACGCAUUUUCUGGAUUGGAAUUGCAAACUUUGUACUUUCCCCUUUCAUUAUUAUUUGGGUUAUUUUAUAUUCAUUCUUCACUUAUGCAGAGAUGGUGAGAAGAGAACCUGAUACUUUCGGAGCACGCAAAUGGUCCGCCUACGGCAGACUGUUUUUUCGACAUUUUAAUGAAUUGGACCACGAACUACAAGCAAGAUUAAGUAAAGCGUACGAGCCAGCCUCCAAGUACAUGAAUCUUUUCGUCUCUCCUUUCAUGGCCAUCAUAGCCAAGAACUUGGCGUUUUUUGCUGGAGCACUAUUCGCUGUUUUGACGAUAUUUACGCUUCUGGACAGGGAUGUUCUUCUGGCGGAACAUGUACUGACUGCCAUAGCAGUAUUAGGGUUAGUUAUACGAGGAUGUUACAUAUUUAUACCUGACGAGAAUUGUGCAUGGGACCCUGAACAAUUGUUGAAGCAAAUUGUGUCCCAUACACAUUACAUUCCUGACUCGUGGAAAGGAAAAGCGCAUACUAGAGAGGUUCGACAAAAGUUUUCCCAAGUGUUCCAGUACAAAGCGGAAUAUGUGAUUCAGGAGUUAUUCAGCCCCAUUGUGACACCUUUCCUUCUGUGUUUUAAUCUACGCUACAAAUCUCUGGAUAUCGUGGAUUUCUUCAGAAAUUUCACUGUCGAUGUUGUUGGUGUUGGAGAUGUUUGUUCGUUUGCGCAGAUGGACGUUAAACGGCAUGGAAACCCGGAGUGGCUGACCCAAGGAAUGACAGAAGCAACACAAUAUGAGCAAGCGGAGCAUGGCAAAACAGAACUGUCUCUUGUUCAUUUCUCUAUAAGGAACCCAACAUGGAAACCGACAGAUCACGGCGCGCAGUUCAUCAGCACAAUUCGUGAAAAUGCGAUCCAAGAAGGUCUGAACCUGAGCCACAGUGCUGCUAUGUCAGAAGCGAACUCUCUCCCAGAAUACAGAUCAGGCAGUUUUCAAGGCUUGCCAUAUGUUAAUCCCAUGAGUCUCAGCGAUCCCUCUCUUACUCCACUGGGGACUACCGUUGUAACACCAAAACAGCAGGCUCAAGUACGGGACGUGGUUAUGAACUCCAGCAUGAUGUACAUGCACGAGCUGCGAGAUCGUCAGGUUGAACAGUCCGGGACACCUCGAGUGGCGAGCCUAACGACAACAGCAAGACAGCAGCAGCAGCCAUCAUCAUCCGCUCAGGGCUUUGAAGAAGACAGCGAAACAGAACAGCUGAGGGACGACGCUGGGAUCGUGUGAAAGUUUAGGGCACCAGUUUGCGGGGAAAGAAACGGCUCUUUGAUGUCUAGGAGCUUUUAACUUCGUGUCGAUAAAACAGCAGACUGGAUAGGAUCAUUGCAGGAUGAACUUUUCCCUGAAACUAAAAUCGAUCCAUAGAAGUUAUCUUUUUAUUCCUUCUAUAGCCUCUUUAUUAUUUUCUUCGUUUUACACUUCAGGGCGUCAGUAUUUAGGGUUUUUCGGAAGUUUGUCAUAAGUUUUCAAUGGUUGUCAUAUAAAGUAUAGUUUUGAAAAUAUGUCAGUCGUAAUAGGUUAUGGUGUGCACACUUUUUUUUUGCCAGGAUUAAGUUAUUCGGC